AUGGCGUCCACACAACAGCUCUUCAUCGCCAUGCUGAGGAGCGACCACAUCAAGGACUGCCUCUUCCCCCAUCUUGCCACGGCCGACCUCUGCGCCGUCCGCGCGGCCUCGUCCGCCUGCUGCAACCUCGUCACCAAGCGCCUCUUCACCCGCAUCCGCGUCACCUUCACGGCGGCCACCUUCACGCGGCCGGCGCGCAUCGCCGCCCUCGGCCGCAUCGGACACCACAUCGAGCACCUGACGUUCCACUUUGCCCACUCCGAGGCCACCUUCUUGCCGCCGCUCGUCCAUCCGCUGACGGGCGACGAGAUUGCCUUUUUGUACAAGCCGCACACGAGCAUGGGCUCGGCCCUGACCCGGCCCAAGUACGCCAACACGGAGCUGGGCGAGAUCCUGACGCAGCAGUACCCUCCGCUCUUCCACGCCGCCACAAACGUCCCCAGCUUCAUCUACGCCCUCAACCACAUCCCCAACAUGCGCCACCUGACCAUCCGCUGCCCCGGCCAGGAUCCGCGCGAGCGAUACCGCCGCGACAUUGUCGACUAUGCCCUCAUCAGCCUGCGCAUCGCCGUCGAGCGCGCCCCCAUGACCAAGCUCAACAAGCUGUCCCUCGCCUCGCUGCACCCGUCGGCCUUCAACUACCUCCGCUACAUCAACGGCAUCGGCAGCGUGCCCUCCGCCAGCCGCAGAUGGCACCAGAUCACCAAGCUGCACAUCUCCGUCGAGGCGUGGGACUUUUACGGCCCCUGCCCGGGCCUCGACCACCUCAAGGUCAUGGACGACUACAUCCGCAACUUCGCCCCGGGCCUGGAGAAGCUCACCUUCGCCUGGGUCGGCGCCAAGGGGCCGUGUCCCAUAGCCCUCUCCGCCGACCCUCUCUUCGCGCCUCCGCGCAGCGCAAAGAAGCUCUUCCACGAGGUCACCUCCCCCAUGUCGCCCCUGCCCACGCGGCCUCCGCGCUGUCCCAUCCACUUCCCCAAGCUGCGCUACCUGCAGAUCCGUAAUGCCACCAUGAAUUCCCCUCAGCUCAAGGGCUUGAUCGCCGCCCAUCAGGGCACCGUCAAGCAGUUUGGCUUCGAGAGCGUCGUCCUUGCGAACAAUGGCAGCUGGGAGGAGGCCCUCGCCCCUGUAGACGGCGACGACAAGUGGUCUCGGAGCAGCAUCAAGGCGCCCUCGGAUAUCUCCGUCGUAACGGGCGCCAGCGAAGAGGGCUGCUUGCCCAGCCCCAGUGCGGCUGUCGAGGCUGCUGGUUACCUGAACAGUCUCAUACUCAGCGACAGCGAGAGGGAUGUCGUUCGGGGUAUGUCGACGAGCGACACCCCUGAGCAAAGGGACUCUGAGCCGAGCUUCUCCACCAAGAUCACGCGGAAGCGUGUUCGUCGGCGCCAUAGAAAGCACUCCAAGACGACGACGACGACGACGGAUUCGGGAGACCGAGCCCCCGACAGCCCGUCUCCUCUGUCGCCUCCUCCGUCUUCUCACAGUAAUAACAAGUCGCUCAAGAUGCGCUUCAGAUUCUCUUCCGGGUCCAGCCAGGUUGCCUACUCUGCCAUCCCCGAGCCGUUGAACCUCAUCACGUCCCCCAUCAUGACAUCCGAGCCCCAGCCCGUCCUCCUCCAGCCAACCAUCUACUCCCCGUCCUCCCACCGCCAAGCCGGCCCCGACGAGGGCAUCUCCACCGUGCAGCGCAACCUCGAGCAGGAAAAGGCGCACCGCCUGUUUGCCGAGGACGCAGACGCAAGGGCGAGCGCUCUGCACAAGGCCAAGGAGGCUGUGCUGGCGAAGCUUGGCAAGGAGUUUUAUAACAAUAACAACAACAACAGCAACAAGAAAGAGAGAGUUGCGGAUGCGGCGUCCAUGUGUCGGUAUAUGGGCGCCAGAGAGGUGAGCGGAUGCAGCGGGGAGAUGGUGAUUGAGGAUUGGAGGGGCUUGGAGAGCAGGAGUGCGUUGGUGCCCCUGAUGUUCAGUCGGACUUGA